AUGAAAUUGACAAAAUGCCCUGAGAAGAAGCUCACUUUGCCUCGAUGGCUUGAUAGUGGUACGGACGAGUUUUCCGUUGGCAUUCCAGAACGACUGGAGGAAAGUGCUGAGAGAGCUUUUUUGAGUAUCGUUGAACAUCGCGUAAACGACCGACCAAGUAUUGUUUAUUUAGCGCUAGCGUUCACGCUCUUCAACGAGGGGCUAAUUCCCGAUUGGCAUGGGAAUGAAAGCUUCCAAUGA